GAAAUGCAUCUCUUCUGUAAACACAUUUGCUAGCUGCUAUUACUAAAAUUCAUUGCCAUUUAUUCUGCAAUUACUUCGUCAUUUACCAUUUUAUUCAUCAUGGGUCGUGCUAAGAAGGGCUAUGUGAGUAAGAAGAAGGUUUUUAGAGGAGUUUCAAGACAUGACUUGAAGAAAUUGAACAUUCAAGCAGCUGCCAAGCUGUCAGAAGACACUGCUUCAAAGAGGAAGCUGAUCCAUUACAGUCCCACUCAUAGGGUUUUGAGUGGGAGCAUGGUGGGUCAUCUCGUAAUUCAUGUUCUCCAGUUGAAUGCAGCCCUGGAAGUUUUCAAAGACCAUUUUUGUCAAGGAGGACACCUUCAGUUGUUAGAAGAGCACUCUAAACGUCGAGGCCUGUGUAGCUCUCUUCUUCUUCAGUGCACCGGAUGCAAGAUGGAGCAUCGCUUCACAUCUUCCCCCAAUGCUGUGGCAGAGGGGGCAGGUCAAUCCGCAGAAGUUAACAAAAGAUCUGUUUUGGCAGCAUGUGAAGUGGGCCUUGCCAGGGAAGCCCUAGCAGACUUCUGUGGAUACAUGGACCUGCCCCCUCCUGUGAAUUCCAAGAGCUACCAGGACCACACAUACCGUCUGCACCUGGAGACGGAUGAGGUCUGUGAGACACAGAUGAAGGAAGCCGGUGAGCGAGUUCGGGAGGUGGUGCUGAAGGCCAACCCGCAGCUGAAUUCGGAUGACGUGCUGGACGUGGCAGUGUCGUACGAUGGAACAUGGCACAGAAGGGGUCAUGUAUCUAAUCAUGGGGUGGGGGUAGUAAUGAGUAUGGACACUGGGGAGGUUAUUGAUAGGGCAGUUCUUUCUAAAAUAUGUAAAGCAUGUCAGUUGCGAAAAAGCUGGGAUAGGGAGGGGGAGGAAUACAUAAAGUGGUGGGACGAUCAUAAACAUAAUUGUUUGGGAAAUCAUGUGGGGAGUAGUGGUAGCAUGGAACCCAAAGCAGCUAAAAUAUUGUGGGGGAGAUCUGUAGAAAAGCAUAGGUUAAGGUAUAAGUACAUAAUUUCUGAUGGGGAUUCUUCAACUUUUAAUUCGAUUCAAAAUAUGUAUGGGGACGCAGGGGAAGUUAAGAAAUAUGAUUGUAUAGGGCACGUAGGGAAGAGAAUGUUUAAUGCGUUAGAUAAGUUUCGUAUGGAUGGGGAUCAUUCGGCAAGUGAAAAGAAGUUAAUGAGGAAAGGUAACGGUCAUUUAUGGGGUAGUUCAGAUACUGGGACUGUAGGUAUGAUGAGUAGGGAAUAUAGAAAUACAAUUAAAGAGUGUCAAAAUCGUAAUGUGAUAAGGGAUGAAGAAAAAAGAGUAAGGGUUGUAGAGUAUAUGCAACGGAGGGUAUUGGCUAUUCUUUAUCAUUCAUGUAAAAGUGAUGAUAAUGAAGCUCGCCACCAGUACUGUCCAGACAAUGGGUUUUGUGAGUACAGAAACAAAGGCACAAUGAGUGACGAGGACCACCAUCUAGAUGGUCGGUUCCUCGAACUUCUCAAGCCUGUCUUUGAGCGACUUAGUAACAAAGAUCUCAUCGAGAGAUGUGUCCCAGGUUACACCCAAAACCAGAACGAGAGUUUCCAUUCUCUUAUCUGGAAACGGUGCCCUAAACACCUGUGGAGAGGUCCACGAAUGGUUGCCCUUGCUACCAACAUGGCAGCUCUGGCAUUCAAUUGUGGCGCUGUGAAAGGUCGCAACAGAAUACUUGUACGAAUGAACCUAGAAAUGGGAGCUCACGCAUUGUCAGUUGCAAGUAAAAAAGAUAAAAGUAGAUUGUGUAAUGCAGAAUUAAAGGCUAGGGUGGUAACUAAAAGGAAAAGGGAAGUAGAGAGAAGGGCUAAAAAGAGGGCAGAAGAAGGGUAUGUUGAGGAGGAGGGGGUGACUUAUGAGGCGGGUGCGUUUUGAUUUUAUAUAUUUUGUGUAUGUAUAUUAUGUUUCCUGGUGUAAAUAUUAAUUGAUCUAUAUAUAUUAUUCUAAUUUAUGUGCCACUUAUUUGAUUUCCAAUUGAUUGUUUUUAUGUACAUACAUGUACAUGUAUAUACAGUAUUUAUCAUUUUUAUUUUGAUAAGACCAGCCACACUGCCACGUCCUUCGCUCUACAUGUACAUAUCUCCAGCUGGGUCUCCGAAACACAUCACGCAUCAACGCUAACCGAAGGGAUCCAGCUUCUUUUGUAGUUUAUUAGUUAUUAAUUUUUAAUUAAUUUGACUCCUUUUCAUGUAUUUUUUUUGGAAACAUUCAUGUAUAUAUUUUGAAUGUAAUGUAAAUAAUUGAAAUUUGAAUUAAAUUAUAUGUAUUAGCAUGCAUCCAUGUCUUCAUUAUUAGCCAUAAAACUCCAUUUGUUUAUGAAGCUUUUAAUGGCAUGUAUGAUAAAUUCCAUGGGAUCCAUAUAUUUGUAUUCUAUAUUCUGACUUUAAAUGUGCUUUAUAUGUUCAAUGUCAGUAUAACUGUAGCUUAUCUGUUCCGGAUGGCUUUCGCCAUUCCACUUACCCCUUUUCCCCUUUAGUAACUAUUUGUAGAUUAAGAAAGUACAGUUGUACUAAUUUGUCUAAUUUUUAAAAACUGUUUAGUAUAUUUAUCUAAACUUUUCCAAUUUCCAUAGAUUUAACACAGUUUAACAGGUUGCAACCUUUUCACUGUUUUUUAUUCUAUUUCCUUCAGAAGAUAGUUUGAGGCAUAUUUACAAAAAGAGGUGACUUGAAUCACAUGUAAUUGUAUUUAUUACAUAUUGCUAUAUUCAUAUCUUUAUGAGUGACACAUAUAUGACUGCUGAAUCGGAUUAUUAUGAAUUGAAGAAUUUACCUCAGUGCAAAUCUUCAUAUUUUUUUCAGUAUUGCAUGCUAAUGUUAGAAGUUUGAAAAAGAAUAUUGAUAAAUUACAUUCAUGUCUAUUAAAUGUCAAACCUUCUUUUUCAGUAAUAGGAAUUACAGAAACAUGGAUAAAAGAAAAUGAGAAACUCUUGCCAAUCCAUAAAUUGGAUGGAUAUAAUUUUGUCGGUAGAGGUAAAAGUGAUUGCUCAGGUGGUGGAGUUGGUAUAUUUAUAAAUGAAUCAUUGAAAUAUAAAAUACGUGAAGACUUAAAAUUCUUUGUAAGUGAAGUAGAAGGAAUGUUUGUUGAGCUUUUUUUUAACAGGAAGAGUGUCAUAGUUGGCGUAAUUUACAGACCACCAGGUCAGGCAGUUCUUGCAUUCAAGGAAUAUUCUGAACCAAUCCUCUAAAGUUAUUAGUGAUCACAAACUUUGCUAUACAUAUAAUGGGAGAUUUUGAUAUAAAUCAUUUUGUUGGAGAAGA